GUAUUUUUUUUUUUUAAUACAGCGUUGAAUGAUUGAAAAAGUUUGAUAAUUGAGUUUCUGACUGUAUAUACUGAAUGAACAUUAUAUUUUGGUGUCUUAGAAACGUAAGAAAAUUUUGAUUUUCUUGUACAUGAUCAUUGUUGAAUUAUUCGGACAAUUCAGAUUCUGAUCGAUGUGAUAAUCAAACAUUAUUGGCUCUCUCUCUCUCUCUUUCUCUUUAAUCGAAUAUAAAACAAUCAUGACACAAAUAAUGAAACAUUUUUUGCUCAAUAAUCAAUCAUCGAUACGAAAAUUGAUUUCAUUAUCCAAUAAACCGACAUCAUUGUCAUCGAUUCGUACCGUGAUUGCUACAUCAUUUACAUCACAACGUGAUGAUGAAGUUUUCAUGAGUCGUCUUUCGGGUGAACAUAAUGGAAUUGUUGUUCUAUCGUUGAAUCGACCAAAAGCGGCAAAUUCAUUGAGUAAAUCAUUGGUUCGAGCAUUGAACAAUAGUAUCUAUCAAUUGGCAAAAGAUGAUGAGAUUCGUGUAUUGAUCAUUCGUUCAGUAGUACCUGGUGUAUUUUGUGCCGGUGCCGAUCUUAGAGAACGUGCUUCAAUGCAUAUAAAAGAGGUUCCAUUAUUUGUUUCGAAAUUACGUUCGAUUUCAAGCGCUAUAGCAGAUUUUCCACAUCCAACCAUAGCCGCAAUCGAUGGUGCAGCAUUAGGUGGUGGUCUCGAAUAUGCACUUGCAGCCGAUCUUCGUGUUGCAUCAAUGAAUGCCAAAUUGGGUCUUGUUGAAACAAAAUUGGCCAUCAUUCCUGGUGCUGGUGGUACACAACGAUUACCACGUAUGAUUCCUGCACAUAUAGCCAAAGAAUUAAUAUUUACUGGACGUAUCAUUGAUGGUCAGCAAGCAUUUCAAUAUGGAAUGGUUAAUUAUGUUGUACCACAGAAUCAAACACAUGAUGCUGCCUAUCAACGUUCGGUAUCAUUGGCUGAAGAAAUGUUACAAACAGGACCUAUUGCAUUGAAAGCAGCUAAAAUGGCUAUUAAUCGUGGAUCAGAAGUGGAUAUUAAUACCGGACUAGCUAUUGAAGGCGCUUGCUAUCAACAAUGUGUACAAACAAAAGAUCGAAUCGAAGGUUUACAAGCGUUCCAAGAGAAAAGGCCACCCAAUUAUCAAGGAGAAUGAAAUCAAAAUCAAUGAAUUCCAUUUAUCCUGAAUGAAUGAUGAUUUUUCAUUCAUUUUUUUCAAAUUUGAAAA